GCCCCGCCGCUUCCGGCGCGUCACUGCCGCCAUGGCGCGGGGCCCCGAGCGCGUCUCCGUGCUGCUGCCCACCUACAACGAGCGCGACAACCUGCCCCUCGUCGUGUGGCUGCUGGCGCGCACCUUCACCGACAGUGGGAUCGAUUUUGAAAUUAUCAUCGUAGAUGAUGGAAGCCCGGAUGGCACACAGGAAGUUGCUCGGCAACUGGAAAAAAUAUACGGAUCAGAUAAAAUACUUCUGAGACCCAGAGCAAGGAAACUGGGACUGGGCACUGCUUACAUCCAUGGGAUGAAGUAUGCCACUGGGAAUUUCAUCGUAAUUAUGGAUGCUGACCUCUCCCACCACCCAAAAUUUAUUCCAGAGUUUAUCAGAAAGCAGAAAGAAGGCAAUUUUGAUAUUGUAUCUGGAACAAGAUAUAAAGGAAAUGGAGGAGUGUAUGGCUGGGAUUUGAAAAGAAAGUUAAUCAGCCGUGGUGCCAAUUUUCUGACUCAGGUCUUGCUGAGACCGGGGGCAUCAGAUCUGACAGGGAGUUUCAGGUUGUACAGAAAAGAAGUCUUACAGAAGCUGAUGGAGAAGUGUGUUUCCAAAGGAUACGUCUUCCAGAUGGAGAUGAUUGUGCGGGCUAGGCAGUUGGGAUUCACCAUUGGAGAGGUUCCCAUCUCGUUUGUGGACCGUGUCUAUGGAGAAUCCAAACUGGGAGGCAAUGAAAUUGUCUCCUUCCUAAAGGGGCUCUUGACCUUGUUUGCUACGACCUGAGAGCUCAUCCUAAAGUAAUUUUUCUAGAUAAACAUUUUCUGACACCUGUGUAGAUUUAAACAUACAAUAGCAGAAGCUGGGUAAUUUGUGUGGUGGGCAGAAGACCUGCUAUGACCUAGUAAUUAAACAACCAUCAACAAUAAAUCAAACAUCCUGCAGCCCAGAAUGUUCCUUCCUACAGAAAUGGACUCUGUGUUCAACCAAAAAUUAAUAAAGGCUAAUGCUUUUCUAUUUUUGUAAAAAUAAUUAAGUCAAUAAAGAACACAAAGCUAAAUGAC